GCCACCACAGCCACCAGCAUCGCCCCGUUUCUUCCCACCCUAGGAGCCUGGCAUGUUAAACGGAACCAGCCAGAGAGACGAGUCACAUCACAGCGACUUUAACCAGGCCAACCGACUGCCCCAGCGAGCCCAGCAAGUGCCACAGCCACAGCUAUACGAACAGAUCCAUCCAAGACCUCUGCAGGCCUGCUAAAAGGUAGGUUACGUGGCCGCCCAAGCGAUGCGUUGCCAAGCAGUUGGAAGCGUUGGCUGGCACCAACCUCGAAGGACUGCCUCGUGAUUGAGCCAGUUGUUGCACGUGCGAUUGAGAGCCAGGGAGCCAGAGAGCCAGGCAGGGAGGGUAUGGAAAAAGUGGGUAAGGCCCAGAAAAAGCAAGGGGCAGCUGUCAGGGUUAGGGGUAUAUAUGGCGAUUUGACUGGAUUCGACGACGACUUGAUCAAAGACAAACAAGUCAAAUAUGAUCGCACAUGCACACAGAUCAAAUCAAAUCGAGCCUCAUACCUAUUUGACUUGUUUGACUUCUUGGGAGCCAUGGUCUCAGGGCCUCGUCGCUGCGAAGCCACAAAGGAUUCAGGGGCUGACCUCACAGAAACGGAGCCGGUGGGGCCGUUACAUCUUGCCAGGGAACCCAUCCGCCGGAAUCAGCGAUCGGUUCUGCCCGCUUGUCCCACGUCAUUGCAGGCAACAUGGCGACAACGGCAGGUCAGGGCUGGGCUCAGCUGAGGCAACAAGCGCGGUCUUUGGAAUCGCAGACCGAGACGUCGCUGCAAACAUAUUCCCAGUUCUCCACACAAGCGAACAUACCCGCGAAGCCGACAGAAGAAGAGAAGAAUGCAGAGGCCAGGGUCCAGGAGCUGCUCGACAAGCGCGAGAGCGUCGUCGCCCAGCUAGGCCGCCUCCUCGACUCGGAAGCGACGCUCACGUCCUCGGCGCUCAAGCAGAACAACCUGGCGCUGCUGCGCGACAAGCUGGCGGACCACCGGCGCGACCUGGCGCGGCUGCGCGCGACGCUGCAGGAGGCGCGCGACCGGGCGAACCUGCUGGGCAGCGUGCGCGACGACAUCUCGGCGUACCGGGCGGCCAACCCGGCGGCGGCCGAGGCCGAGUACAUGCUGGACGAGCGGGCGCGGCUGGACCGCAGCCACGACGCGGCCGACAGCGUGCUGAGCCAGGCGUACGCGGUGCAGGACAGCUUCGCGCUGCAGCGCGAGACGCUGGCCAGCAUCAACCGCCGCAUCACGCUGGCCGCGAGCCAGGUGCCGGGCAUCAACGCGCUCAUCGGCCGCAUCUCGGCCAAGAAGAGGCGGGACGGGAUCAUCAUGGGGUCGUUUAUCGCCUUCUGCUUCUUGGUGUUCUGGUUCUUUUUGUGACUCGAGAUCAGGCACGCGCGCGCAUGACCGAGGAUGGAUGCUGCGAGUAAGACAUCCACAGGAGAGCCGAGAGGACGGGAUGAACCUGUAUAAUCUAGCAAGAGCAUGGCGGGGGAAAGGCGUUUGCGGCGUCUGGGCACUGCGCAGUUCAUAUCCCGAGGUACCUUAACAUACAAACAGAGGCGUUCUACGCCUCAUCUAUUUU